CGAGCGCAUCGACCGGCUGGACUUUUGCAGGGUCAGCAUGGGGUGCCACACGGUCGUGCAGCCGACUUAUCUGCUGUACGACGACGAGGACGAGGAGGACAUCGUGGCGGGUCAGCAGAGGUGGGCCGGGGAGCUCGGGGUCGUCAUGGCGCCGCUGAGCUAUACUCUGUUGCCGAUGGAGCGGCAGCUCAUGAGGGUGGAGGAGGAGGAGGAGAGGAGGCGGGAGUUGGCGCGGCGGCAGAGGGCGCUGAGGGAGAGGCUGCGGAUGACUGCUGAUUCUGAAAGAGGGCGCGGUGCGGGUCGUGGUAACGGUGGGGAGAUUGGAAGCGGUGCUGAUGCGAGGUUCGCUGACCAGGCCAAUGAGAGUCAAAAUGGUGAUGGAGCUGCCGGUGUGGCCUCGAAGCCUGACGUGGAGCAGGAGGUGCCUCGCAGCUCACCGAACCCUGGCGGUGGAGGUGAUGCCGCCGAGAAGAACAUACAAGGUGAAGGGGAUUCGACUAACAGAAGUGGAGAUUCGCCGCUCGCCUCGCCUUCGUCACCUAUCGAGGACGAAUUGGAGCUUUCGCCACCGAAUGUCACCCAAACCACAGCACCGCAAGAAGCCUCUAGUGACCCGGGCGCCUGAACACAACACUUGAUGAGAUAAUCCAGGCGUGUUAAUGAAACUUUAUACCAUCAA